CUCACAUAUCGCUGAUUAGCUAUAUCUAAAUCACACGUUACGACCAUGCCCCUCAUAGUUAAUUUAGAAAACCAAUUGGCCUGCUAUUCAGGACAUGAACAGCUCUGGGGUCGUGUCGUCUUCCACUGUCCCAAUCCGAUCGAAGCCCAGGAUGUCCGAGUGAUCUUCACCGGCCGCGUCAAGGCGAAAGUGCAGAAGGUGAAAGCCGCCGCUCCGUCAGCAACUUACCGAAGCAAAUGUAUUCUCUUCGAGCAGGUAAAAACCCUCUCCUCGGUUAGUGGCGGUAAACUCCAACGCGGUACGUACGAGUGGCCAUUCGAGUUUGUUUUCCCGUCGCAUGUUGAAUCGUCGGCGAAAUGGCCCCCGAAGCACCCGUUCCGUAGCGACGGAGACCAUUCUCUGCCGCCAACCUUUGCAGUGGAAGUGGACGAUUCGCAGCGCAAAGUGCACUGUGCUAUUGAUUAUCGCAUCGAGGCUCAAAUUUCCAAACCGCAAAAGAGCCUUCUAGGAAAGAAAGCGCCUUUGUUUAGCGAGGCGAUUCGGCUGAAUUUUUUGCCAUUAUCGGCGCAGAUGGAGGAAACUGACAACUGGGAAAACCUGUACCAACGCCAACAGGAAGAGGUUUUCACUGUUAAGAGUUUACUACUGCUACCAGAAAACCGUGGGCGAAGCUUGAAGACCCAAGAGAAGUUUCGGUCGUGGCUAGCACCGAAGCAACUUCCUCGUUUUGACUUCCGGGCAUCCUUCAUAUAUUGUAACCGGGUAGUUCAGGGGUCGCCAGUUCCAUGUUGGUUGGAUGUUACUCCACUUAUGGAUGGCGCUUCAUCCUUUCCCUAUCCUGGCAUUAUGCUGCAAUCCGUAUCGUUGGUAGUAUUGUGCCAGACGGCCGCUCGCGCUAACAAGGCACUGAUGGGGCAAAUGGACGCUGAGGUUGAUGAGCGAAUGGAAGUUUUAUCGAAGACGUCACUUGGCAUGCCUGUGUUGGGACAAAUAGAUUUGAAUGAAGCAUUUGGACCAUUGAUAUUCAGAAACUCAGAUGUUUCCUUCAGCACGUUCAACAUUUGCAGGUCUUACCGGAUCUGCGCUUCAUUCGUCUUUGAAUGUGUGGGGAAGACUCUCGAAUUCAAUGUGGCUGACCUCGCGUUUGAGAUGGUCGCAAAUGCUCUGGAAAGAAACGUUAUUAGCCCCAUGGAGCAAGGCACUACAUAUAAUCAGGUUUUCGAGAUGGCGGACGCGACGUCUCGCAGGUCAUCUUCAUCAGAGUCAUAUGAGGUUGAGCCCCCUUCAUACCCAUCGAAGACCGCCGUUUAUGAGCUUCCUGCCGCAGGGCUGGAAAAAGCCAAAUAAACCGAUUGUACUGCCUACUAUGCAGGGUUUCAAAUUAAGCUUUAAUAAUACUGCUGGAUUGGCUCAGUACUCUUUAAACCACUUCUAGCACUGGGGAGACUUGUUGAUUCUGUCGAAUAUUUGU